CCGCCACCCAUACAUAAUUCAGAACAUAUCAAACAUAUCAUACACAACAUGCCGCCCCAGAUAAAGCAGGACAUCAAUCGCUCUGGGUGGGAAACCACCGAUUUCCCCUCCGUCUGCGAGAACUGCCUGCCCGAGAACCCGUAUGUGCAGAUGAUAAAAGAAGACCACGGCGCCGAAUGCAAGAUCUGCACACGCCCCUUCACCAUAUUCCGCUGGAAAGCAGACCGCGCGACACGCACCAAGCGGACCAACAUCUGCCUGACGUGCGCGCGGCUGAAAAACUGCUGUCAGUGCUGCAUGCUCGAUCUGUCGUUUGGCCUGCCCAUCGUCGUGCGUGAUGCCGCGCUGAAAAUGGUUGCGCCGGGCCCACAAAGCGGCAUAAACAGGGAAUAUUACGCGCAAGAGCACGAGAAGGAAAUCGAGGAAGGGCGUGGUGCUGUCGAGGCGUACGAAAAGACCGACGAAAAGGCGCGGGAGCUGUUGAAAAGACUGGCGAAUAGUGAGCCGUAUUACAAGAAACAACGUAGAAUCGAGGUUGCGCAGGAUGACGAGAAGACUGAGCAGCAGCAGCAAGCACCGAGGCGCAAUGCAUAUGGCAAUGGUCCGGGGCCGAUUCGCACGAGUGAUAGUCGGCGAGGUGGACGAGGGGGAGGCAGAGGCCGGGGAGGAGGACGGGCGUUUCCUUCUGCGGCCCAGCUGCCACCGUCAGAAGAGGAUAUCAAGCCGCCGGCUGAUCCCAAGGUGACAUCGCUGUUUGUUACUGGCGUGGAGGACGAUCUGCCCGAGCAUGAAUUGCGGGUAUUUUUCAGCAAGUUUGGGCAGUUGCGAUCACUGGUGUGCUCGCACCGCGCUCAUUGUGCAUUUAUCAACUAUGCGACUCGUGCGUCGGCUGAAGCGGCGGCGGCGCAGUGUCAGGGCAAGGCUGUUAUUAAGGGCUGUCCGCUGCGUGUUCGAUGGGGUAAGCCCAAGCCGUUGGAUAGUCUAGCAGAUGAAGAACGGAAGCGGAAUGCUCGUGAAGGACGACAGGCUGUUGGACCUGUUUCUGGCCAGCGGGCCAUUGCUGCAGGACAGACAGAACAGACAGAGGCAGCAGAGCAGAGCCAUGCCAUUGCUCCUCCUCCUGGGAGCGGCGAAGUACAAUAUGCCAGUUUGUCUGGAGAUUAGGACGGAUUUGUAUUUAUCAAGCUGUGCAUAGCGGGCGUUUUGAAUGUAUCUUACGUUAUAUCCCAUAUUAAUCUGAUCAUGUCCUUGCUCAUAGCCAACCCAAUUUGUAAAAAAUAAU